UCAUCUAAUCCACCACAAUCAAUGUAAUUGCUAGCUUUUUUCUUUCAAUUUACCUGGCACUAAAAAAAAAUCCGCUUCAGUGGUCACCCUCACAUCCUUAUCUCGGAAAUCAUUGCCAGAAAAUUUGACCAAAGUGAACGGAGAAUGGAAAGGAUGGAGCGUUUCGAGCUUCAACCCGAUCGUGACUUGCUAGAUCCCCAUUUCGAGAGCUACAAACUGAGUUUGGACCCGUGUCCCAGUUUUACGUGUGCUCCGGACAACUUUCCCUGUCCGUCCAUUCAAAUCCGGCAUGCCGCUGACCAUCAGUUCUCCUUCCAACAUUCCAAGUUAUUCGGCUCGACCAAUCUUCUCCAUGGAGACCCGUGGAACCCGGACCUGGUAUUCAUGCUAGACCCCGUGGGUCCUAGGGUGCUCCACGUCGAAUUUGAAGCCCAGGGGGUGAAUGCCACCCCGUUUUUAAACGAAGUCUGGGCGGCUCCCUCCGGACUGAAGAAUACCAAGGCCGGUGAUUAUAACCCAAGCUUGGUGUUUGCCUCCUCAGGUUUAGCCUUGAUCACGGAUGGUUCCGGCAUGGUUUUCAUCGCCUCCACCGGAGACCGCCAAGAGGGAGUGGCCUGGAAAUCAGAGUUCCACGACGAGAUUUGCGGCUCAAAUCGACCCUUCGUUUUGUCCUCGGCGCAAGUAUCGUCGGAUUCGAUUCAAGACGAAAAGCCCAACCGUCAGAGCUGCCUUCAUUGUGUAAUUCAAUACGUAGAGGACAAAGCCAGUCUGGAAGGCCUCAAGCCGGGUGUGGUUCCCGAGAGUAGCAAUUAUGUAAAUGUGGCCGAAUGGAUGACCUUCUUACAUUCCGGCGGAGGUUGGACUUUGGAACGAGUACGACGGUUUGUCCUCCUAGGAUCCACAGACUACCUUCAAUUAUCAAAGAGUGGGGAGCACUUGAUCUGUUCAACCGACAAACCGUUGAGCCUGAUAUUCGAUUCGUCCGGUCAACUGGAGGAGGAGGAAUCGAUUUCAGAUGCCAUUGGCCCUUCAGAAGAAUCUCCGGAGGCUCUGCCUUCAUUCUAUUGGUACCAGAACCCUGAAGACAUUGCAGUGUGGGUGGUGCUACCCAAGACGGCCGUGAAGAAGGACCUCAAAGUCGAAAUGAAACCCAGGUCGAUGAAGGUGCUAUUCCAGGGUCAGCCUGUGUUCCAAGGGUCUCUGUGGCGGAUACUGGACGGAGAUAGUAUGUCAUGGACUUUGGAGGAAGGGAAGUUGGAGAUCAACGUGACCAAGGCCAAUGAGGGUUUGAUAUGGCAACGCUUCCUUGAGACCGUUCAGGAUGAUGGCGAGGAGAUUGGCAAUCCGACCAUGAUUGAUUCCAUCGUGGAAAGCAUUCAUGCUCGAGCCGAUGCGGGUCCGCCAGUGCCUUCCUUGAACGCCGAUCAGUUGGAGGAAUGUGAUGCUUUUCCCGAAGACGCUUCAACAUUGUAUAUCUUCGAGUCCACUCAAAAUAAGGUUGUGGCCAAAGCCAGUUUGUCCGGUCACAAGCACCUGUUCAAUCUGCAGAUCACUGCCGAUGGGCCCGCGGCCAUUUGUCUCCGAUAUGAUGUGGAUGGUUUGGUGUGGCAGCCCGAGAACUCGGGCGAGAGGUCGAUUACCACGCGUCACUGUGGGACUUUCCAAGCGUUAGGGUACGUCCAAGCAUCGAAAGAGAUGCGAAAGUUUUCCGCCGCCGCUCCGGAUAUGUCUUACGUGGCCCUGGUUGAUCGAGUUCGCCAUGUCUAUAUCUAUCGACAGCCAACGGCCAUCGCCGCGGAGUGCGAUCUUCGGAAUCGCAAGAGCGGACAAAAGGUCAGUCAGAUCGCGAAGCAACAGGUCAUCACUUUGGGCAACACCGACGAGAUUGUGGGAGUUUGGGCCACGGCCAAGACUCUAGUCAUCCUAACUGCCUCGUCUCUACAAUGUAUUCGCAUUUGACUGAAAUGAACAU